CCUGUAGUUUGUUUUUUUAGGAAAAGGGUACUUAUUUAAAACAAGCUUAACUCAUCCGAGGUGUACGUUUUAACUCGCGACAGCCUAGUUUUGCCUAAGAGAUUUAUCAAAUUCAUAAAAAUAUGUUUUUCGAUAUAUUUGAAGUUAUCAUUAAUGCAAAAAACCGGGUUAUUAGUGGUACUUUAGCUUCAGUUAAAGGAAGAGCAUCUAUGGAUUGGAUAUUAAUGAAAUUUGCAACCUUCAAGACCAGUGAUGAAAUUAUUUUUUGGCACCUGCUGUGGAUAUCUUUGGUAAUCAUAGCUGUAGUCAUCUGUUUAUGUUGGAAGUUCUUCAAAGUUGAAGACCCUGGUGAAAGCUUGAAGAAGUACUGCUACGAGGUUCAUCACAUUGCUGGGACUCUAAAUCCCUCCACUGAAUCCAUCAAGAGGUGCAUUGCCAUUCUCAAUCAGUUUCCCCACUUUAUCAACCAUCCAAAGCCUCCUUACAACUACACUCCUUUCCUUAGAGCUUGCUGGAGUGGAAACGCAGUACUGAUCAGAUACAUGAUCAUGCAUGGAGCUAACCUGCACAGCUGUACAAGUAGUCGAGAGUCUCCUGUUUAUCUAGCUGCAUACAGAGUCCUGAAGAGCCAAAAAUGGAACCCCUCCGUGCUAAACCUAUUGUAUAGUGCAGGUUGCUCGUUGAGUGCGCCCAAUAAGGUCGGGCUCACAGCUCUACAUUGUGCAGCUAGGGCUGGUCAUGUCACCCUCACGAGAUGGUUAUUGAUGCACGGAGCACACAAAACUCUACCGGCUGGAAAAGUAACGCCGUAUACAAUGGCCCUUAAAUGCCGAGACUUAAACCAUCUGAGUGUCGCAGCUUUGCUUCAUCUUUACUGCCCUCAAAUGGCUGAGAAGGGGCAUAAGGGAAAAAGUCUUAUGAGCUUCCCAUCUUGAUCAUAAAUGACCUAGCUUAAGGAUAUUCACUCUCUGAUAUUUGACAUUGAAGUUAGUCAUAUAGAACUGCAAUAGUUCAAGGAAUGUUGAUACUUUUAAAUUUUGAACCAGUCAAA